AUGGACGCCCUGUGUAAUGGAGCCAAGAAACCUGAGGGCAGUGAUCCCGUUGUAGACCCCCGGCCACCUCCUGCCAAGCUGGCUCGACUGGAACAAAACGGAGCGGGACCCUCAGCCCAGGAGAGGAGCUGUCAGGGGAGUCCUGUGGCUAAAAACCCCUGUCUGGCCCAGAAACCCACCGCAGUGAGGCCACAGAGCAAGAGCUGGCACAGCAGAGGGAGCCUGCUGCCAGUGUUCUGUGUGGUGGAGCACAGGGAAAACCCUCAGGAGGGAGAGAGGAAAGAAGAACAUGCUGAGUUUGUGUUGGUCAAAAGAGAUCUGCUGUUUAACCAGCUCAUAGAGAUGGCACUGCUGACACUGGGCUACUCGCACAGCUCUGCUGCACAGGCCAAAGGUCUGAUCCAGGUGGGAAGGUGGAACCCGGUGCCUCUGUCCUGCGUAACAGAUGCACCUGAUGCCACCGUGGCUGACAUGCUGCAGGAUGUUCACCACGUUAUCACCCUCAAAAUACAGCUGCACAGCUGUCCCAAAUUGGAAGACUUGCCACCAGAGCAGUGGAGUCACUCCACAGUGAGAAAUGCUCUGAAGGAGCUCCUCAAGGACAUGAACCAGAGCUCCCUGGCGAAGGAGUGCCCCCUGUCCCAGAGUAUGAUAUCAUCUAUUGUAAAUAGCACUUACUAUGCAAAUGUCUCAGCUGCCAAGUGUCACGAGUUUGGUCGAUGGUACAAGCACUUCAAGAAGACCAAAUGCUUCAAGGAGAUCGACAGCUUCUCUGACCAGUCCACACAUAUCACCCUCACCCAGCAGCCAAUCAAAAGUAGCCCAGCUGAUCAGAGCUCCACACUUUUUUUCUCUCAUGGAGAAGUAGCCAACAUAUGUGGCCAUCCGCCCCUCGGCCUGCGCCCUCCGGGGUUGGUAACCCAGCCUCUAAGCUCCCAAAUGGUCAACCAGCAGCUGGUGAUGGCCCAGUUCCUCAACCAGCAGUACGCUGUUAGUCGCAUGCUAGCUGGCCAGGGUCUUUCACCCUCCCCACAACAGUAUCUCAACCACCCGCCCGUGGGGAGAGCUCCCUCUGCCAAGGUCUUCUCCAAAGCCACUGAUUCCCAAACCCCGCAGCAGGCACAGGGUGGCCCGGGGGGAGGCCCUGUGGCUGGGCCACAAACCCAGACAACGACUGCGUCUUUUGUGGGGCCAACGGACGUGCCGAGUGACAUCUACCACUGUGUGAGGGAGGAACUAAAGAGAGCGGGCAUCUCCCAAGCCAUCUUUGCGCGGGUGGCCUUUAACAGGACGCAGGGCUGGCUGUGUGAGCUGCUGCGUUGGAAGGAGGAUCCCAACCCAGAGAACCGCACCCUGUGGGAGAAUCUGUGCAUGAUCCGCCGCUUCCUCAGCCUGUCCCAGACUGAACGAGACGCCAUCUACGAACAGGAGAGCAGCACCACGACGGCACAGCAGCACAGCGCUGACAGGCUGACACUGCUCAGCAAUGACAAUACACUGUACCAACGCAACUCUCCGCUGCCGCAGCAACACCAUCUUCAACCCCAUCAACCCCUGCAGCCCGAGGCAGGACCUCACCUGUCUCCACGGCAACCAUGUGCUGCAUCACCAGCCGAGUCCGAGGCUGGGGGCAACUGGGCGCACGUGAGAGUACGUUUGCAGGGCCGGGGGAGCAGCAACGCUGAGAGAGGGGACAGUAAGGACUGGGUUGAGGAGGGCCGAGUAGAGAGAAGCAUUUUGGGAGUGGACUGGGGUUGCACUGGUAGGGGCAGGGACGAGGGGAUAGAAAGCAAGGAGAAGAUGAUUGAUGAAAAUGUGCGUGAGGAAGGGAUAAAUGAGAUCACUGGAGACAGCAAAAAGGAGAAGCUCACUAUGAAGUGGCCUGGUGUGAAGAAUGAGGACCCAGGUAGAGUCGGGGUCUGUUCAGAGGCGGAUAAUGAGGUCCAAGGUGAGGGGUUAAGAGUGUCCCGUGAAGCACUGGGGAUCCUGCAGAGCUUUAUUCAGGACGUGGGCCUCAACCCAGACGAGGAGGCCAUCCACACCUUGUCGGCUCAGCUGGGCUUGCCCAAACACACCAUCCGAGGAUUCUUCAACAGCCAGGACCACGAACGGCAUCAACACGACAGCCAGAGCCCAAAACAGGGUCGAGACAACCAGCAUGGCAGCACACACCUCUCCCAAAUAGACAUACCCACAGAGGAGGAAGGUGAUGGAAGAACUGAAAUUGAACAAAAGGAGGUAGAGGAGGAAAAGCAAACAGGGAGAAAUGAAGAAGGAGAGAUGACUGUUUUGAAAGAAUCUGAUGUUGGCACUCAAACCACCACCACUAUGAAGGAGGAGCCAAAAUCCUAA